CAUUUCUCAGUCUCUGCUGUUCUGGCUGCGUCGUUACCUGCUGUCUGCAGCUGCCUGUGAGGGAGUGGAUGAGGGCUCCCCGCUGACGCUGCUCUGCACAUUUUACUCGACUUUUUCCUUUUUUCAUUUUUCCAAGUGGUUUUUAAUCCCCGGAACCCGAGUGGACGGAUUUGUCGUAUUGACAAGGAUCAGGAAGCUGUGUUGGGCGUGGUUUGAGAAAGGAACAUGGCUUCCCAGGCUGAUCUGAUGGAACUGGACAUGGCCAUGGAGCCGGACCGUAAGGCGGCUGUCAGCCACUGGCAGCAGCAGUCCUACCUGGAUUCAGGGAUUCAUUCAGGGGCCACCACAACGGCUCCCUCCCUCAGCGGCAAAGGCAACCCAGAGGAAGAUGACCUGGACAACAACCAGGUCAUGUAUGAGUGGGAGCAGGGCUUCAACCAGAACUUCUCCCAGGACCAGGUACAAGACAUAGACGGGCAGUACGCCAUGACUCGUGCUCAGCGGGUGCGUGCGGCCAUGUUCCCGGAGACGCUGGAGGAAGGCAUGCAGAUCCCCUCCACACAGUACGACACUGCAAACCCCACCAACGUCCAGAGGCUGGCAGAGCCGUCGCAGAUGCUCAAACACGCCGUGGUCAAUCUGAUCAACUAUCAAGACGACGCCGAGCUCGCCACCAGAGCCAUACCAGAACUCACCAAGCUGCUCAACGACGAGGACCAGGUGGUGGUCAACAAAGCCGCAGUGAUGGUCCACCAGCUUUCAAAGAAGGAAGCUUCUCGUCACGCCAUCAUGCGCUCCCCUCAGAUGGUCUCUGCAAUAGUCCGGACCAUGCAGAACACAAACGACGUGGAGACGGCUCGCUGCACGGCAGGAACCCUACACAAUCUGUCCCAUCACAGAGAGGGGCUGCUGGCCAUCUUUAAGUCUGGAGGCAUCCCUGCGCUGGUCAAAAUGCUCGGCUCCCCGGUGGAUUCUGUCCUGUUUUACGCCAUCACUACCCUGCACAACCUGCUGCUGCACCAGGAAGGAGCCAAGAUGGCUGUUCGUUUAGCUGGUGGUCUACAGAAGAUGGUGGCUCUGCUCAGCAAAACCAACGUCAAGUUCCUGGCCAUCACAACCGACUGUCUGCAGAUCCUGGCCUAUGGCAACCAGGAGAGCAAGUUGAUCAUCCUGGCAAGUGGCGGUCCCCAAGCACUGGUCAACAUCAUGAGGACCUACACGUAUGAGAAGCUCCUGUGGACCACGAGCCGUGUCCUGAAAGUCCUGUCAGUGUGCUCCAGUAACAAACCUGCCAUCGUUGAAGCUGGCGGUAUGCAGGCUCUGGGCCUCCACCUGACGGAUCCAAGCCAGAGACUGGUCCAGAAUUGUCUCUGGACCCUCAGGAACUUAUCAGACGCUGCCACCAAACAGUUUGUUUCCCAGGAGGGAAUGGAGGGUCUGCUGGGAACUCUGGUGCAGCUGCUCGGCAGUGACGACAUCAACGUGGUGACCUGUGCUGCUGGCAUCCUCUCUAACCUCACCUGCAACAACUACAAGAACAAGAUGAUGGUGUGCCAGGUUGGAGGCAUCGAGGCGUUGGUUCGCACCGUGCUUCGGGCCGGAGACAGAGAAGACAUCACAGAGCCGGCCAUCUGUGCCCUGCGCCACCUCACAUCACGACACCAGGACGCUGAGAUGGCCCAGAACGCCGUCCGGCUGCACUACGGCCUGCCUGUGGUGGUCAAGCUACUGCACCCUCCCUCACACUGGCCUCUCAUCAAGGCUACCGUGGGUCUGAUCCGUAACCUGGCGCUGUGCCCGGCCAACCACGCCCCCCUGAGGGAGCAGGGCGCCAUCCCCAGACUGGUCCAGCUGCUGGUCAGAGCCCACCAGGACGCGCAGAGACGCACCAGCAUGGGAGGCACACAGCAGCAGUUUGUGGAGGGCGUGCGUAUGGAGGAGAUCGUGGAGGGCUGCACAGGAGCGCUUCACAUCCUGGCCAGAGAUCUCCAUAACAGAGUGGUCAUCAGGGGUCUCAACACCAUUCCCCUCUUUGUUCAGCUGCUGUAUUCUCCCAUCGAGAACAUCCAGCGUGUAGCAGCAGGCGUGCUCUGUGAGCUGGCCCAGGACAAGGAGGUGGCAGAGGCCAUCGAGGCAGAGGGAGCCAGCGCUCCUCUCACAGAGCUGCUGCACAGCCGCAACGAAGGAGUCGCAACAUAUGCAGCAGCAGUUUUGUUCCGGAUGUCGGAGGACAAACCUCAAGACUACAAGAAGCGUCUGUCUGUGGAGCUCACCAGCUCUCUGUUCAGGACAGAAGCCAUGUCCUGGAACGAGACUGGAGACCUGGGUCUGGACAUCGGAGCACAGGGAGAGCCUCUUGGCUACAGACAAGACGACCCAACUUACCGUCCCUUCCACUCUGGGGGUUACGCAGGGGACAGCAUGGGUAUGGAGCCCAUGAUGGACCAUGAACUGGGUGGAGGCCACCACCCGGGCCAGGACUACCCGCCUGUGGAGGGGCUGCCUGACCUGGGACACGCCCCCGAGCUGAUAGAGGGCCUUCCAGCGGGCGACUCAAACCAACUGGCCUGGUUUGAUACCGACCUGUAAAUACCAAGACCAACAUUACACUACACUUUCUACUAGCUGUAUCAUGUGAUCUGGAUGAACCUGCAUCGUGAUUGGCCCAUAUGGAGGAGGCGGGGUUUCAGAAAGUGCCUGAAGAUGACUCAACAACAGCAGUUUCCUGUCUACAGGAACUCCAGUGGGACAAAGUAGAUUUUAGUGCGGUUCGGUUCUGGUCUCGGCUUCACUGAAGACUGACUUUAAUCCUGACACGAAACAGAUUUUGAUCUCAAUGAGCUUUUUUUUUUUCUCCCUCCAACGAACCAAGUUUUUUUUUUCUUCAUUUUUACUACUUUUGGUUUUUACUUUUAUCCUGUUUUAAGUCUGUAAUGGUACAAACGGAACCAAGCUUGUUUUCAUUUUUCUGCAUUAUGUUACUCACUUUUUUGUCUAGUCCCUUGUAUUUUAAGUCUUUGUGUUUUUUUAUUUUUUUUUAUUUUUCCUUUUUAAGUGAUGCUCCAUCCAAACCAACUGGAUGAGAUUUUAAAUGGUGUCCAAACACUAAAGGUAAUCAGUUGAAUUGUAUUCUAAUGAUCCAAGUGUAACAUUGUGUAGCUUUUGUAUAAAAAAACAUGAAUUGGAAAUCAUGGUCCAAAUAUCGAGCUAUUUUCUUGCUUUAAAGGAGGACACUGACGUGUCCCGGCUGUUCCAAAGGGGGUUAGCUGACCGAGCUGAGCUGGGUGGGAGUGUCUGUUAUGACGGGGUGGAGACGUGCUCCUAUUGGUCUGCUGUUACAAAGGGGUGAAGUAGUGAGGCGCUGGUUGCUUGUAGCCUGCUGUGUUCUGAAACAAUAAAAUGGACUGUCAUUUCA